AAUAAAAGUGAAAAUUUAUUGGCCCGGCUCUUUCACUUCGACGUAAUGAAUCUACAUGUAAUAUAGAUAUUGAAGGUACGCGCUGAAUAACAAUUAGGAUUAUACAGAAGUGAUGGUAGUAGGGCGUUUAGAUAUAUAAACUGACCGAAGAAAAAUGGUAGACAUUGUGUUCGACGAUUCACAAAGCAAACAAAACCUUUAGCAACAUGAUGAAAUCAAUGAUUUUCGUUCUGGCCGCAGCUGCCUGUGUCGUAGUGCGUGCGGAGCCGGGCGUCGUGGCGCCUGCCGUCGUCACGGCCCAAAGUUCGCAAGUGUUUGCCCGCAAUUACAAUGGACUGGUAACGCCGAUCGUGAAAGCCGCCCCACUGGUCGCGACAUCGCCUUACUUCGCAGCCGCCCCUGUCGUUGCCUCACCUUACGCACCACUGAUCAAGGCUUCGCCAUACGUCGCCGCCCCAGUGGUCAAGGCUUUCGCUUCACCAUAUCUGUCUUCACCAUACGUCGCUGCCUCUCCAUUCGUCAAGGCGGUCUCAGCUCCUUUGGUCUCAUCUCCUCUGAUCAAAGCCGCUCCACUUGCAUACCCAUCGCCAUACUACAACCCAUACGUCUCUCCGUACGUAGCCGCACACGCACCGGUCGUUGUCUAAAUUCCCAUCGUCGACCCUUUGAUAUUCAACAAUAAUAAAAUCGAA